AUUCCAGUUCAGUGCUAUAGCCCCAUCACAUAGUCACUUUGGUAAAUACUAAACCGCUGUGAAGCUAGCAUCGAUUUCAGCCAGAAUAUUUUUUAUUUAUGUCCAUAGUACCAACCACAGGUCCUUCUUUGACUGUUAUACAAUACAAUUUAUUUCGGCAUUCUGAAAACACAACACUAAAUGAAACAAAGUUCUGGUGAGAUUGCUACCUCAGUCGUGUCGUAGUCUAUUAUACUCUCUCUGCUAGACAUUGAAAUAACAUACUUUCUCAAAGCUUUUCGCUUGUUGGUAGAUUUAACUCUUUCAAUUCAGAAAUUCCGUUGAGUAGUUGUAGGCUAUAUAACAAAUGUCAACAAAAAAGUAUGGGGAUAAACAAGAGGAAGAAAGUUGGAAGAUUUUAACUCACUCAAAGUUAUUAUCAGCAACAGGAGAAUUUGAUGUCGAAAGUAUACAGUUUUUGAAUCUAGCAAGUUGUGAAAUUGAAGAUAUAUCAGCCCUGGGAAACUGUCUGAAUCUUGUCAGGCUUGAUUUGAGAAAAAAUGAAAUCUCCAUUCUUAAUCCACUGAGAAAUUUGAAGCUAUUGACGACAUUAAACUUAUCUGCUAAUAGGAUUUCAAAUAUAGAUGCGUUGGCUAGUCUUGAAAUGUUAUCUGAUUUAAAUUUAUCUGGGAAUCUCAUCGGAUCAUUUGAACGAGUACAAUGCCUCAAGAGUAUUGAUACAUUGCAAAAGUUGAGGUUUUAUGAUAGCAUUAACAAACUCAGCAAUCCGAUUUGCCAUAACAUAUCAUACGAAGACAAGAUUAUGAAAAUAUUGCCAAGCUUAGUGAUGUUAGAUGGCAUGAAAUUGAAGGGCGGUGGAAGCGAACUUUUCAAAAUUUGUGCUGAUCUUGAUAAACAAAUCAAAAAUGCCCACGAAAGUGUUAACACUGCUCAUCACAGUGAAUACUGUGAUUGCGGCUGUUGCAGUGAUGAACAAUAUGACGAUGAAACAACUUUUGGGCCAGUUGAAGAAAGGGCCAUCCCAGGAUCGUGGUUAAUGCCUGGAUAUUUUUCUUUACCGACUAAAAACAAUAAAGAAGAUUAUGCAACUUCUGAAUUUAAAGAAACACUGGAUGAAUGCAGGAGAAUAAACAAUGCUGCAAAGGAACAUGUUUCAUCUUUGACCAAAUAGUAUUUAUACCCACUGAAUCCAAAUAUUACAUUUUUAAUCCAAAUAUAUAUAUUGUACAUUCCGAAUUCUUUAUUUUUUAACCAAAAACCUUACCUCAUAUUUCUACUGUGGAUAUAGCUUGUAUCAGAUUUUUAUACAUUUUUAAAACAUUAAAUAUUAUAUUGAACUGUCACUAUUUUACUGCUUUAUUGCAGCAUUUGAAAUGAUCUAUAUAUACAUACAAUGUUUUGCAAAAAACAGUCUGUUAAUGCUAAGUUUAUUACAAGCAAUUGAAAGAAUUACAAUAUUAUCGAUGCUUCCUAUUUCUCUUCAAUUUCAAUGCAAAAUCUUGGAAAUGACUGAAAUGGGCUGGACUGUUGACAUUGCAUUGACUGAAUGCUUCAAAUUUUUUCAUAUAUUUGUUUUCUAUUAUUGAAUAUUUUUGACACCCUUUAUGCCUAUUCCGAAUGUAGUGAUUGAAUAAAUGAUUCGUGCCUAAUA